AUGCUGGAUGGGUUCAGCGAGGGUCUGCACAACACGGAAUGCAACGUCCUCAAUAAAUAUCUCAACAGUAAUUCUUAUUUGACAAGGCAUAGACCAAGGUUUGCGAAGGCUCCAACCUUACAAUAUCGACGAGUUGGCUCGAUUGUUCCCUCCACACCGCCCUCGGAACCUCUAGAGGACCCCGAUAAAACAAAUGUGCGAAGAGGACGUCCUAGAGUAAUCAAAGGCUUAGACCCCAAGUCUGGAGACGCUGUCUCUUUGCCAGCCGACCUCGCUGAAUCUAUCAUAUGGCUCCCAGAAGAAAACCUAGUCGUCAAGGAUUCUUCUUUACCUCCAGAAGAGAUGAUACAAGAGGCAUUAGCUAACUUAUUAGUAUCUUUUCAUCCAAAAACUCAGCAUCGAGCAACCUACACUACGAGUGCUGGCCCGCCUAUUGAACCUAUAGUCACUCUUUAUUGCCCAAUUGAAGGAGGAACCUAUGUCAUAGACGCUACAGUUCAAGAAUUGGCCCGGCGGACCAACUCUGAUGUUCUCAUACUGGAUGCAUUGGACAUACUGGCUGGUGAAUGGGCCGCCGCUUCUCUUCAGUUACCGUCAAACCCUCUUCAAUUAGGCGAGUUUCAACAUCCCCAGCCUACACAAAGGCCGGAAGAUUCAGAUGACGAUGUCGAGGUUGGCUCCAUUGGGCAAUUAAUGGAAGGCGUACAGAUUGGUGGAGGAAGACCACCGUUUGGAAUAAGUAUCCGCACCAGGAAAGUAAACAGCGGUAGCGGGAACUCCAAUAAAAAGGCAUUUUUCCAGGAGCUCGUGAAUUUACAGCGAACGGAGGAUGAACCGACUUCAAAUACUAUAGAACCAACCCGCCCUCGACUAAUCUAUUGUCGCGAUAUGCAUCUACUGUCCGAUACCCUCCCACAUUGGUACCCGCAAUUUGUAGAAGCGGUCAGAUCGAGGCGACAAGGUCCCAUGUCGCGACCUCUCUCCCCCAUCCUCAACCCAACAGUCAUUGUCCUUGGUGUUUCUCCCUCAAUUAUUACUCCCCGUACAAGUACUUCGUCACCUUCCGAUUCCAGUGGACUAGUCAAUCUAAUGAUGAACCGGAAUCGCCUACUCCCUCGUAACUCAAUCAAUUCUCCCUCCGCACCAAAAGUGUUUGAAUGGGAUGAAAGUCCAGCUGCACAACGUGCCCGAGAUAGAAGAUUACAUGAACGACUGAGCAACUGGGAAAAAUAUGAUGCCAGCGUAUUUUAUCCGGAGCUACCAAAUCUAUCAGCUGCUAAUGCGGACUCUGAUAGUGCAAAAUCUGUUGCAACCCGUGGAUUAAUGAGCUUAUUUGUUGCCAUUCCUGAAGGUGGAAGUGGACCGCCGACACUCUCCCCUGCAGUUCCAGCUGAGGACCGUUCAAGGGAGAGAGGCAAUGACCAUCCUAGAGUAAGAGAUCCUGCUCUUGAAGUUUCAACUCGAAUACAGCAAAGACUGCAAGCAAACCAAAUCAAUAUGCGGACAGCUGUAGGCGGAAUAGGAGCUCCGGAAAAAUAUUUGGGAGAUUCUCAAGCAUCUUCUGAUCCAGAAGAUGUGCGGAUGCAUUCCAUGUUCUUGGAUUGGAGCCAAAGAGUUGAGACCUGGCAACGUGUAAAAGCAAUUGCAGACCGUUCUAUGGGCUCAUUUGUUGCCGAUAAGCUCAAAGGGUUGAACGAUGCCAAGAAACUCGGAUUAGAACCCACACCC